AUGACCAUUAUCUGCGGAGAUCGUCAAUUCAAAACCCAUCGCGCUGUUGUAUGUACGCAGUCACCUUUCUUUGAUAAAGCAAUGAGCGGCAACUUCAUGGAAUCUAAGUCACGAUCUAUUGAGCUGCCGGAAGACGAUCCUGAUGUUGUGGAGAGGUUUCUUGAGUUCUUGUACACUGGCACCUACACAGACGGUGUGAACUUGACCUGGGUAAAGCCAUCUAAAGCGGCGUUGCUUGAUCCCAAGGCUGUGAUUCAGAACUUGCAGCAGCCGGCGUGCGGAUCCCAAGAAGAGGAUAUGUCGGCGACCGAGGAUGAGGGAAGUCAAGAGGGAAGUCAAGAUUGGAUCGCCGACGCAGCGGGAGAUGAAGAAUCCGAGCUCACAAAGGUGGCAGAAGCGGUUGCAGAAGGUCGUCGGCAAGAAGGCCUAAAUCAGCUCGCCGAACUACGCAACGACAUGACACUGCCUCUCCGACUAUACGUCUUGGCAGACAAGUACGACGUGCCCGCCCUUCGACUCCUAGCGCGUGAUCGGUUUUGCCGCGCCGUGGAGCUCGUUUGGGAAGAGGCCGAGUGUUUUCCUGAUGUGGUCGAUGAGCUGUAUCAGACCACGCCGCCAACAGACACUGCGAUGAGGGAGAUUGUAUGCAGGCUUGUGGCGGCUGUGAUCCAUGUGCCAAGGGUCAGGGAGAAGAUGAGGAAUGUUAUGAUGAAGCAUGGGGGUUUCGCUGUUGGGGUCAUGGAGUAUUCUAUCCAUCUGCACACGCUUUUUGUCUGA